CUGCCCCGCGACGCGCCGGGUGCUGGCGCAGCCCUUCGCUCUCCCGGCCUCCCCCUCCCUGGUUCCGCGCUCUGGUUCCGCCAUGGAGUCCAACAAGGAUGAAGCCGAGCGCUGUAUUAGCAUCGCCCUCAAGGCCAUCCAGAGCAACCAGCCCGACCGGGCGCUCCGCUUCCUGGAGAAGGCGCAGCGGCUGUACCCGACGCCGCGAGUUCGCGCCCUGAUCAAGUCCCUCAACCAGAAACCACAGUCGGCCGGCGACCAACCGCAACCCGCCGAGGCAACCCAGGCGACCCAUAGGAAAGCAGGUGGGGCCGGCGCCCCCUCAGCCAACGGUGAAGCCGGAGGAGGAGAGAGCACCAAAGGCUACACUGCCGAACAAGUAGCGGCCGUGAAAAGGGUCAAGCAAUGUAAAGAUUACUACGAGAUCCUGGGGGUGAGCAGAGGGGCCUCAGAUGAGGACCUGAAGAAGGCCUACCGCAGACUGGCCCUCAAGUUCCACCCUGACAAGAACCGCGCGCCUGGCGCCACUGAAGCUUUCAAAGCCAUUGGCACAGCAUACGCAGUACUUAGCAACCCAGAGAAAAGGAAGCAGUAUGACCAGUUCGGCGAUGACAAGAACCAGGCAGCCCGGCACGGCCAUGGGCACGGGGACUUCCACCGCGGCUUUGAAGCCGACAUCUCCCCUGAAGACCUCUUCAACAUGUUCUUUGGAGGUGGCUUCCCGUCUAGUAACGUCCAUGUCUAUAGCAACGGCCGCAUGCGCUACACAUACCAUCAAAGGCAGGACCGCAGGGAGAACCAGGGUGAUGGUGGGCUGGGGGUGUUUGUCCAGCUGAUGCCCAUCCUCAUCCUGAUCCUCGUGUCAGCUCUCAGCCAGCUCAUGGUUUCCAGUCCACCCUACAGUCUCAGCCUGAGACCGUCGGUGGGCCACGUCCACAGGCGAGUCACCGACCACCUGAACGUCGUUUACUACGUGGCAGACACGUUCUCUGAGGAGUACACGGGCUCCAGCCUCAAAAUGGUUGAACGGAACGUGGAAGACGAUUAUAUUGCCAAUCUCCGAAACAACUGUUGGAAGGAGAAGCAGCAAAAGGAAGGCUUGCUGUACCGGGCCCGCUACUUUGGCGACGCAGAUAUGUACCACAAAGCACAGAAGAUGGGCACCCCGAGCUGUAACCGACUGUCAGAGGUGCAGGCCUCCCUGCAUGGAUAGUCCUGGGCCAGCCUGCCACCGAGGUCCAAUCAUGUACCAAGGACUCCAGAAGGCUUUUCCUCCCAGAGUCAACCACGUGGGGCCCAGGACGCUGGGGCAGAAGCCGACUCCCGAAGGAAGUCCGUGACUGUGGGCGCCUCUGUCUCUACCCUCCAUGGACAUGAUGCCACCCGGCCUUCUCUUGCACGUUGGAUAAAGGAUGCACCUGAACCAGAAGGGUUUUCUUAUGGUCACCCUCAAAUGAGGAUUUUUCUCAAAACAGCAGUUGCUGCCAGGGGAAGAGAGGGAGGUUUUAUUUAUUCCCACAGUUUAUACUGGGCCUUUUGGAAUUACCGUUUUUCCCAAAUUUUCCUCUGGUGGUGGGUGUGUCAUUGAGCCUGCCAUCCUCCAAAGCCUUACUACCCCAAGCUGCCAGCCAGGAGGGGAUCACCACCCUCCCAGAGCUUCUCUUGGCUCUUUUUAUAAAAGUCCCCCAACAAAUAGGAUUCUUGCUGGGAAAGGGAGCAGCUUGGUUAAGGAGAAAUGUCAAAUACGGUUUUUAAACAAGGUCCUGCCCUGUGAUGAAGCGCCCUCCCCCCCCCCCCGCCCCCGCCCAAAGAGAUGCUCAGAACUGGAUGUGGGUGAGAGCACCCUGCCCGUGGUGGCCCUGGUGCUCGGCUCCCACCACCCCAACCCUCUGGUUUCAGUAGAUGUCCCUAGACGGGCUGAGCCAUGUGCAAUAAGAACAUAGAUCCUAAUGGAUCCACUGAGAAGCUGUAUUUCUUGAAAUAGAAUUCUGAAAUUGUAUAUCUAUAAAUAUAUGUUUAUUAUGUGA